UAAACCCACCGGUGACGUGCGCGCAGGGAAGCACCCAGCAGUAUGUGCGCGCCCACGGGAGGGGCCGACAGAAAAUGGCGAGUCUGUGCAAAAGGCAGCAAUGCACGGUAGAGAGGCGCGGCUUUCGGCAGGAACUUGACUCUUGGAGGCACAAACUCAUUCACUGUGUAGGCUUUGAAAGCAUCUUGGAAGGCUUGUUUGGGCCGGGACUAGUCAACAACAACAACAACACCACCCUGUUCCAAGACUGCGAGCCCGAAGAAGCGUCCGACUGGUCCUUCGAUGAAAACUGUCUCUUCUGCUGCCUGAGACGCGAGAAAGUCAAGGAGCACAGCGGUGGAGGCAGCCAGGUGCCGUCGGAGCGGGCUCGGGUCAGCCGGCUGGAGAGACAGGCCCAAGACUUCCUCAAUGCUGUGUUCCACAGAAAAGACCUCCCGAGUUUCUCCGAACCUCACAUUCCUCUAGUGGCUCGUGAGAUCAUGCAGCGAAUGAUCCGCCAGUUCGCCGCCGAAUAUACCUCAAAGACGACUCAGGACGACUCGCCCCCCAACGGCGCCAUGAAGGACCGGAGCCAGCCCAGAGCGGCGGCCCUGGUGGUGGCCCUGGGGUCCCCGCCCGGGCCGAGCUCCCCUCAAUCCCCCAUCAUCUCCUCCUCCGCCGCAGGAGGAACGGCCGCUGCCUCUGCACAGAACCCCGUCCUCAGCAAGCUUCUCUUGUCCGACCAGGACGGCCCGCUGGACCUCUCCGUGAAAAAGAGCGAGGCCGACCCGGACCCCACACAGCAGGACGGCGUCCUGGACCUCUCCACCAAGAAGAACCACAGCACAGGCAACCUCAAAGCCUUCCCCGGCUUCUCCCCCGAGCCCGGCGUCAAAGGACAUCCGAUUAAGGAGGAACACACCCUGCUGGAGGCGGACGAAGAUGGCCUGCUGCAGAGAAGCUUGCAGGACGGACUGAGGGAGAACUACGUCGACUCCAACUCCUUCAAGCCGCCGUUGGCCCGCUCGCUGCGCAUCAAGGAAGAGCUGCUCAGCCAGAAGCACCGCCUCCUGAGCCAGCCUGCUGCUCUUUCAUUGGCUAGUCUAGAGUCAGCUGGCUUGCUCAGCCACGUGCAGUCCUACGCCUUGCUCGGCCAGAAGGGCUCUUCCUCAUUCUGGGGAAGCAAGGCCCACCUCGAAAGCCUGAUGAAGCUAAAGCAAGCCAGUGGAGCUCUGAGCGGGGCCCUCAGUGACCUCAAAGACCUGCCCACAUUCCUGGAAAAUCACCACAACCACCACGGCGUCUCCAAGGCCCAACACCACCACAACGAGGGCAAGAGGGACCAGGGUCACUCGCCUCCUGUCGACCUAAAGAUCCCCCAAGUUCGGGGUAUGGAUCUCUCUUGGGACUCCCAUGCUUCUGAGCUGUACGGCUACGGCGCCAUGGGAGUCGGGGGUGGUGGCCACGGGGAGAACAUCCUUAGCCGGAAGCUGAGAGCCAUCCUGCCAAAGCAGAACCGCCGGGGGGAAGCCUUGGAAGCCUGCUGGAUGGGGCCCGCCGACUACUGGAGCUCUGACCUGGAACACUCCGGCUCCGGGCCGGCGUACUCCACCGAUGCGGAAGGGGACCCGAACUCCAAGCAGCCGAGGAAGAAGAGGGGCCGCUAUCGCCAGUACAACACCGACAUCCUGGAGGAGGCCAUAACGGUGGUGAUGAGCGGGAAGAUGAGCGUGUCCAAGGCUCAGAACAUGUACGGGAUCCCGCACAGCACCCUGGAGUACAAGGUCAAGGAGCGCCUGGGAACCCUGAAGAACCCCCCAAAGAAGAAGCUCAAGCUGAUGAUGAAGAUGGAGGCCGAAGGCCUGGAUUUCCCUCUCGCAGAGUCAGAGGACACGCCCACCGAGACCCCGCGAGACGACGGCCCACCGCUGGCAGCCGCUGAGCUCAAGGACAAUGUAAAAGAAGAGAUUGAUGACGAUUUCAAAGCGAAUCGACUAGACAACCUAUACAUGUAACCUCAGACAAAUGACUUAAGUGAUUUUGAAAAACGGAUGGGGCUUUAUUUGUGCCAAUUUACUUUGCAGUAUCUGGGUGAGCACAAACGCAGGGAUAAUAUGAGGAGGAUUCUUUAAAAAACUAACUGGAGAUAAACACCUAAACGGAUGGUUUUUUUAACUAGCGAUGCCGUUUGUUUAGCUUUUAUAUCCGAGGGGCUUAACAAAUGCAGCUAAAGACAUUCGUCAAAUGACAAUUAAUGAAAUUUCCAUAAGCAUGCUGAUAAUCCCAAUGCCCCCUCUUUUCUGAACUUGAUACACUGAACCAUUACUACUUAUAAAUGCAGUGUGGGCUUUGGACCAUUCCAAUUUAAGGGAACAAAAAUGAGGGGAAGAUUGAAAAUUACCCCUUUAAAAAAAAAAAAGCUAAAUUAGUCCCUUUACUGCUCCCCUCUCUCACAGAGUACUAGCUGUGAAUUGGUAAUUGAACUGUCUUUAAUUUAGUUUAAUCACACUCUUGGUGUUCUGAAUCAAAAACCCCAUUCUCUUAUUGCCAGGUAGCCAUGACGCUUUCACUGCAAACCUUUCUUUCCUCCUUAAGAACUUCUGUUAAUUCUGUGCGGACCGAAGGCGACGUUGACCCGUCCGUUUUGAAUGAGAAAAGACACACGAGUCAUUCAGGGAUGCAUGUUUGUGAGUUUCGUGGACACUACUGACUUCUAUCAUCGACUUCUUUUCCUUUCUUUUAUCUUUUCAUUUCAUUUGCUUUUCUUUUGCACUACUACUUUUUGGUCUGGCGCUUUCGGACCUGGUUACCUCGGCAUCGUUGCCCUUGCAUCGUGCACUUAUUAUGGUCUGUCUCUAAAGCCCAGUCGCAAACCUCACAACGGGUCAAGAGGUGCACAUCGCCCCGUGUACACUGAUCCAUAAUCAGAUCUGUGAAAAG